AUGGGAUCCACGUUAUCAACCAUCAUAGGUACCAUUCUUACGAAGCAGCAAUCAUAUUAUUACGUAUGCGGCGAAAAAAAAUAUCAAACGUAUCAGUCGACUUGUUUCGUUUUAAUAACAAUGUCAUUAGCGAUGAUGACAGGAAUCCCAAUAUCGCUUAUAUUCAAAAGGGUUCAAGAAAAUCAAGCACAAUUACCAAUCCCGAAAAAAAUAUUACUUAUGCUUCCUUUAGUUUCUAUAUUUGAUAUUCUCGAAUCAUUCAUUACAAUGUUCUUAAUCAAUGGAAUCAACGCAUACUAUACAUCUAUCACUUCCAUCAUGGUAAUUAUUACUUUAAUUAUUUUCCGCUAUAAAUUCUUAAAUAAAGAGAUGUACGCUUACAUGUGGGUAUCCGUUGUACUUGCUCUCUGUUCCAUUAUCUGUGUUGCCAUUCCUGCAAUCAUUACGAACGAAGCUGCGAUUAAAAGUGCCAAAGUAAUUGUCACAGUUAUUUUCAUUUGUAUUCUCGAUGUAGUUUUACGUGCAGGCCAAAUUACGUUAGAAGAGUAUAUCCUGCACAACUCUGAUAUGAAUCCAGAGAUGUUUACAGGCAUUGAAGGCUGCUGCAAUUUACUUUUAGUUCUUUUCAUUUUUUGUCCGAUUGUUCACGUCAUUCCAUUGAAAGAUGUCCAGGAGAGUGUUUGUCAAACAGCUUUAUUGAUUAUACACUCGAGGACACUUAUUUUUACUGUUUUUAUUCACUUCAUCAUCCUUGGAUUAUUUAAUUUCUGCAGAAUCAGAUUUAUUUUGUACACGAACGCUUUGUCCUUCAGUUUGUACAAGUUACUUGCUGAACCUUUGAAAGCAAUGCAUAAUAUAAUAACUGUUUUGGUACCAAGUUAUCUUUUGUACCAAUAUCAUGAAAGAAAUGAAAUUGUUCUUUCUAUUGUUUUCAACACUAUUUCGGCAAUUUUCAUUGUUAUUUCACUGAUGCUAGCAUCUGAAAUUGUUAGGAUACCUUGUUCGAAGUAUCCUGAAGUUGAUAAGUUUGUUAUACCUAUGAAAAAAAUCGAAGAUAAUCAUGAAUGA